UAUGCGAUCUGUAUCCAGUACCAUCGGUACACGUGUAAGGGAUACCACCAUUUAAGAUGAAGACAAGAGGAAUACACGUGGCUUUACUUCUCUGGUUGUUGAUUAUUGAGCAUGUGAAGACUGGCGGUAAACUGGACAUUCGAUUCAUCAGAUACUCAUCAGGUGGCAGGAAAAUCAACGGGGAGUGUUGUGACGAUGACAUCCUCCCUUGGUGCCCUGAUCAAUGUGAUCCAAAGUUUUAUCUGUACAUCUACGGCCCUGGGGGAGGAAACUCCUGGUCUCUUUAUCAGAGCACCACAGACUACAUACACAACCAUAAUAUAAUCAACUUUGGAAGCAGCAUUCAAGGACAAGCAAAUCCUCUCAUCAUACCAGUGCCCAAAGCAGUCCCGUUUUCAAUAGCUAUACGAGUGCAGGUGUAUGACUACGAUGGCACCUCUAGAGAUGACCACAUGGACACACUCACUAAGCUGAUCAACAUCCAUGCUGCUCCUACAGAACAGACAGCUGUGUACACCCCAUACAUAUUGAGGGAAAGGACAGAGUUAGAGAUAAAUGUCCGUGCAUACUGCGACACGGAUUGGUACGGGUCUGCGUGUGCGAAAUAUUGCAAGGCUACUACUAAUCACAGUCACUACAUGUGCCACCUACAAACAGGUGCAAAAAUGUGCUUUGAAGGUAUGGUUGGAAGGGGAGACAACUGCGAUCAGGACAUCGACGAAUGCAACGAAAUUGACAACACAUGUCAAAAUGGGGGAAGUUGUAGAAAUACACUCGGCAGUUUUGAGUGCAUUUGUAUCGAGGGAAUAAAAGGAAAGCGAUGUGAAAACAUCACCAACCAAUGUGCAGUGGCACCAUGUCUGAACGGAGGAACAUGUGGCGGAAACGAAACAGCCUUCAACUGCGCAUGCUCAGUAGAGUGGACUGGAGAGACCUGCGCAGAGAAGGUUAAUUUCUGUGACAGCGCCCCCUGUAAGAGAGGGAACUGUACUUCGGACCUCCUGACGGCAACUGGGUUCAAGUGUAACUGUGGUUUUGGAUGGGUAGGAGAAAGAUGCAGUCUCCAUGUUGAUAUUGUCAAUAUGGCGCUCCUGGGUGAGAUUGAUCAUACAAAUAGAGGUGACCUGGCUGAUGGCUUGAAGAGAGUCAUCACCGAACUCGGGGGAAUUCCAGGAAAGGUGGAUGUCAAGUUUACAACAAACACACAGAAAGAAAACAAUUUUACUACAACUUACGUACAAUUCUACUCUGCUGUGGAGAAUGGCUCCUUUAUAGAAAGUUCUUUAUUGGAUGAGAUCUUCAAAUCCAACCCUGACGUAGUCAUCAAUGGAUAUCUGCCUCUUCCGUUAGUCCACAUGGCAGCUGGGACACAAACCAAUAUGUGUCGGCCAUUCUACCUCCUGGAAAGGUCGGAAGAGGUCACAGAUGACAACGACCAAAUCGACCUGUUUGUGAUCAAUGUCCCCUGCGACAGCGACCUAAAUAGAGCCGGUUCCGUCAAAAAUUUUCGUAAGGAUGCAAGCUUAUGUCCAGAGGUUGACACUAGUCUUGACUUUGAUGAAGCACAAGUGGUAACACUCGAUACAGUCUGUAAUGAGAUAUCAAACACUCAAUCAACGGCUGAAGAUGUGACCCGUGACCCACUGAGUAUUCACGCAAGUGUUAGUGACGUAGCAACACCCGGUACUCGCCGCCAUGUUACAUCAGUCAUACACCCAGACACUGAAGAUUUGACACUUGGCCUAGUACGUCGGCAGGGUGCCAGCGUGUCUCUGGAUGACGACGGACGUCAUGGUGACGUAACAACACUCAACACUCGCCGUCAUGUUGCAUCACACAUCGAACCAGUCACUGGAGAUAUGACACUUGACCCGGAAGGUCCACCGAGUUUCAUUGUGUCUCCGGAUGACCACGCACCUCUUGGUGACUUCGGAACACCCGAUACUCCCCGUCAUGUCACGUCAUAUACGCCUCUUCGCUCGCUUCCAUGUACCUCUGGAGGUGGUCUGCCUCAGACUAGCAGCUAUGAACCGCUCAAUCGUUGUGAGGAAGAGGGUGCAGCGUGUGCUGUCGUCGAUGACAACAACGUUGAGGGCGCCUCAGAGGAAAACCCCUAUGUUGAUCUUGUUGUAAGGAAAAGAUAG